AUGGCGGCCGAUUGUAUGGGGGCCCUUUCUGUCGCUGUUAAAAGGAGCAACAGCGGCCGCCGCCUGAACGACGCGCCCGGCGCCUCCACCUUCCGACGGCAAUCGGCCGUGAACUGUCGAGAAUUCCCUCGAGAGCACUCUAAGCACAAACGAGAUGUCAGAAGCGACGCCUCGAUACCUUGGCCGCCAUUAGCUUCUAUUGUGCAAGCCGGGGCC